AUGGCUCUGCUGAUGACCCUGGGCAUGUCAGCGGAGAGGCCAGUGGUAAUUCUUGAUGCUGGAAAUGCGAAGCAGAGUACCAAACGCCGAAAGGCGGGACGGAACGGCAACUCGAAGAAUCAAAGGAGGAACCUGAUCGUCAAGUGCUGCGGCUCGUCUUCCUGCUCCGAUUCAGACCGAACAACUUUCAAAUCUCAGAGCCUGGCGAACGUGACCGCCGGCAAGGUCAAAGCGACGACGAAAACGGCGGGGAAAACUCAAACUGAAACGCCUCCAGUCGAAGAAACAGCAUUGUCUGAGGAGCCGUCAACCCCGGCUUUGGAGGAAACAGUAAGCCCGAUUACCUCCCCUGCAGUCGAUUCCUCAUCAACGGAAUUGGUUUCAUCAACCACAACGGAAGAGACGACCACCCCGACGACGACAACGACGCCGGCGACCACGACCGAGGAGACGACCACCACCACCGAACAAAUUAAAUUGACGGGCGAAUAUUGCGUUUUCCGCGGAUGCUCCUACCACCCGUGUCCGCUCGACUCUGUUCUACAAAAGAAAAUGUUAAGCGGUGAAAACUCGACCGAUGGAGCAUUUUACUCCCGCUGCAGCAAGAAAUAUUUCGUUAGCAGCACAAAGAAAACGCGUUACGAGGCAGCAGUGGCGUGCUGCAAAUAUAACAUGCGGCUCCUCAGCAUCGAAACUGACGAAGAGCAAAUGUGUCUGACGUCCCUGAACAACGACGUUUUGAAGGAGUCAGGUACAACAUUCUGGACGUCAGGGUUGACAGACCCUUUCUGCCAGAGCGUGUGGUGUCCGAACGUGAACAACUACUCGGUUGACGUUGACGUGGCCAUCAACCGGCUGGAGACGACGGCGACGAAAAUAACAGACAAGUGCAACACCUACGUCCUCACCGCCGGCGACGACACCAAGAGCGGACUCAGGUUUUCCGACUGCAACGCUCCCAACAAUUUCAUUUGCGAGUCUUUCGAGCCGUCAUGCCCUCAGGAAUGUGUCAAAGAUACCUCACUUUUCAACAGCAAGGGAAAUUUGAUUGACCCUUUGAGUUACGGAAAUUGGAUCAAUAGCUGCAACUUUACGUUUUUAUUCGGUACAACUCUGGGUAACUGGCAAGAAAACUGGGACCAGUGCUGCCAGCUGGGGAUGACCCCCUUCCUCCUGGACGAGCCGCAGGAGUUCCAGUGCUUCGACACCCUCCUGAAGGGGUGGCAGUACAACCUGAACUACUGGACGUCUGGGUCGCGCGUUGACUCGCCGGCAAACCCCAAGUGGUGCUCGCUGAAGAAGUUUGUCAACCUGAGCAGCAUUGCCCUGGAGGGGCAGAGCAACCUGAGCUACGUGGACAGGGACUGCGUCGGGCUGCAGAUUUCGAAGACGACCAAUAACGUCACUAGCUACUUCAACAGCUCGCUCGGAAUGCGAAAUUGCACCGCGAGGCAGAUGUUCGCCUGCAGGGGUCCACCAACGCCCAAGCCGUGCUUCAGACCGUUCUGCCCAAGAAGCUGUCCCAAAAACGCGUCCCUGUUUGAAGGAGGAGGAAAGCUGAAAUAUGCAACGAGUUACGGCCGCUGGACGUCUCGGUGCAAGAAAUACUUCAUGUUCACAGACAAAAACUCCAACUCGACGCUUUCGUGGUCUGAGGCGAAGUGCAAGUGCGAGCAGAUCGGGAUGCGGCUGGUGUCUGUGCAAACCCUGAGCCAGGUCGACUGCCUGGACAACGUGACCCGCGGGGGCAUGGCCGACCUUCAGGGCUCGUUCUGGACCUCGGGCGCCUACCUCGAUUGCGACGACCAGUUCGGGUGGUGCGCCUUCGACGACCAGUUCUUCAACGCCAGCACCGUGCGCUGGGGCAGCGCGCAGCCGCCCUCGGACAAGGCCAACACCUGCGUCAGGGUGGCCCUGACCGCCUCGGGCUCCCUCUCCUCCCUCCAGGCCGUUAAUUGCGAUACACGGUCGGACUACAUCUGCGAGAUGGACGAUACAAACGGAGACAGUUUGACAAAAGCAAAGAGCGAAAUGUGUCAGAAAGCAUUUAACGUGACCGACUUGGAGCUUGGAAACGUUUUCAUGUCGACAACAUUUUCAGCCAGCCUUAAAUGCUAUUUCAAGUGCAUGGGCGACAGUUUGGGUUUGGUCAAAAACGGAGUUCCAAAUGCGGCAAACGUGCUGAAAAUGGUCGAGGCCAACUCGAAGAACACCGACGCCCUUCAGGAGAGCUUUGACAUUUUCGACGUUUGCAAAAACAAAAAAUCUGGUGGUUGUGAGGCAAUCGCCCAGGCUUUCCAGUGCACGGCUGAAAAAUCUCCGAGCGUCGUCUCGGGAAUGGUGGAGGAGUCGGUCAAGGACAUUUCGUCAGGGGCGCCAGUCUCGUGCACUAAUGUAGACUGCAACGUCAACCCGACUUGCAACAUUAAUACUGCUGACGUGACAAACCUGGCCAAUGGACAGAACGCGGCAGGAGACAACUACGGCAGCAUUUAUGGCUACCCGCUCACUGCCUGUGGCAAAAGAUACUACGUCUCCACAGUUUUUCUGGAUUACGCUGGGGCCGCGACCAAGUGCUGCACGCUGAACAUGACGCUCGCCUUUUUCUACACAAUUGACCAAUUUAAUUGCUUCAUCCAGGCUGACAAUGCCCUGCAGAAGACGAAGGCGGGCAAGUUGUUCUUCUUAGGCGGCAACAACGAGGGUUGCGUCUCGUUUUUCGGCUGGUGCCCGUCGAAGCGUGCGAUCCCGGCCUUGCAGUUCGCCGCUUCGUCCAACACGACGGCGCUGACCAACCGCUGCCUCGCGCUCACCGCCAACAACACCAUGUUCAGCGGAAAGGUCACCGAGGUCAGGUGCACCACCGACACCUACCAGUUCGUCUGCACCGAACGCGAAUAGCAAUAAAUGUAACACAAUAAAUCAGUGAAAUU